AAGAAGAAAGAAGCAAAAAUCUUUUGCUUGUCUUUUAUAAUUUGUUUACAUUUUUUUAAUUUACAGUGAUUAGUGUUAAUUUCCUGUUUUAUCGUACUACAAAUUAAAAAUAUGACUAAAAAAUGUUUUUUAUGCGGAGAGCGAUGGAAGAGCAAUGAAAGCUCAACAUUUCAUGCACUACCUACAAGCAAGGAAACAAGAAAAAAAUGGUUGGAUUCUCUCCAAUGGAACGAACCGUUGGAACCACACAAACAAUAUUUUGUAUGCUCAAGGCAUUUUGCUAAGGACGAUUUGGUUAAUAACAAUUUGGAUCCGUUUAGCAAAACACGUAUUAGACGUGGCGUAAUUCCCACCAUAUUAAAUCCUCGUUCAGCAGAUUGUCACAAUACUGUUAAAGAUGAAGAAACCUCCUCUUCUGUUGAAGAUUCAACGAGUACAGACACAGAUAGUACUGUUACAGCAACCAGCGUCUCUGAGUCAGAUUCUCCUUUAAUUCCAUGUAGAUGUACUGCUGUUACUUUAUCAUUAAAUAAGACCAGCUCAACUGCUGUUGAUAAUUUAAAGACUAAUGACUCGGAACGUACGGCUAGAACAAGCACUUCCUCAAAGUCCGAGUCUACUUCAAUUUCAAAUGUCUAUUUUAGGAAAUUCGUUUUUGGGAACAGGAGAGUUAACGAACGGCUCAAAUAUUUCGGCGAUUUCAACGUACAGUCACUAAACACCGAGUCGAGACGGCGGAAGUUCUUUGAAAUUUCUAAUAGAACUAUUUUAGAUUUGAGAAAGAAGAACAAAUUGCUACAAGCGCAAGUACGACGAUUAAAAAAAUCGGUUCGCAGAGAGACGACGGGCGUGAAGCCCGAGUAUAUAACUGUAAUCGACGAGAACACACCCAUAGAUUGUUUGGAGCCUUCAGAACCUUCUCCAAGCGAAGCACAAAAUGGGAAUUCUGACUGUAACAAUCGCGAUCAUGACUAUGCAAUCGGUCCAGUUGAUUCAGUUGAAACAAUUCGUAUCGUUGUUUGUCCAGAUUAAAAUUGAAGAGAAGAUUGUCUGUGUAAUUUAGAGCACCUUAUAUCCUCUUCAGGUCCUACCCUAAGAGAGUCGUGAUAUAAAUUGAAGGAAAAAUGCGACAAAUUGUAA